CAGCCCCCGCAGUCGCUGGAGUGGCCGCGCCCGCCGCGGGGAGGGAGCAGCCCCUGGGGAGGCUCCAAGUUGGCGGAGCGGCGAGGACCCCCGGACUCCUCGGAGGCUUGCCCCGGGAGGGGCUGAGAGGCGAGGCGGGGAGGGGGCGCCGCGCAUCCCCGAGUCCCCAACCCCCGCUCCCAGCCCGCGGCGGCACCAUGCGCGCCCAGCGAGCGUGACCGGCUCCGCCCGCAGCCGGCCCGCAGCCCAGCCCGGCGCUCUCGCCGGCCACACCAAGCGGCGCCCGGGAGCUAUGAGCCAUGAAGCCGCCCGGCAGCAGCUCCCGGCGGCCGCCCCUGGCGGGCUGCAGCCUAGCCGGCGCCUGCGGCGGCCCCACCGGCCCGGUGCCUGCCCGCGCCCCGGCCCGCGCGCCGCCCUGCCGCCUGCUCCUCGUCCUUUUCCUGCUGCCUCCGCUCGCCGCCUCGUCCCGGCCCCGCACCUGGGGGGCUACUGCUCCCAGCGCUCCGCAUUGGAAUGAAACUGCAGAAAAAAAUUUGGGAGUCCUGGCAGAUGAAGACAAUUCAUUGCAACAGAAUAGCAGCAGUAAUAUCAGUUACAGCAAUGCAAUGCAGAAAGAAAUCACACUGCCUUCAAGACUCGUAUAUUACAUCAACCAAGAUUCAGAAAGCCCUUACCAUGUUCUUGAUACAAAGGCAAGACACCAGCAAAAACAUAACAAGGCUGUCCAUCUGGCCCAGGCAAGCUUCCAGAUUGAGGCCUUUGGCUCCAAAUUCAUUCUUGACCUCAUACUGAAUAAUGGUUUGCUGUCUUCUGACUAUGUGGAGAUUCACUAUGAAAAUGGGAAACCACAGUAUUCAAAGGGUGGAGAGCACUGUUACUACCAUGGGAGCAUCAGAGGUGUCAAAGACUCCAAGGUGGCGCUGUCUACCUGCAAUGGACUUCAUGGUAUGUUUGAAGAUAGUACCUUUGUGUAUAUGAUAGAGCCACUGGAACUGAUUCAUGAUGAGAAAAGUGCUGGUCGACCACAUGUAAUCCAGAAAAUCAGGGCGGGACAAUAUUCUAAACAAAUGAAGAAUCUCAGUAUGGAAGGCAGUGCACAGUGGCCCUUUCUAUCUGAAUUACAGUGGCUGAAAAGAAGGAAGAGAGCAGUGAAUCCGUCUCGCGGGGUGUUUGAAGAAAUGAAAUAUUUGGAACUUAUGAUUGUUAAUGAUCACAAAACGUAUAAGAAACAUCGCUCGUCUCAUGCACAUACCAACAACUUUGCAAAGUCUGUGGUCAACCUUGUGGAUUCUAUUUAUAAGGAGCAGCUCAACACCAGGGUUGUCCUGGUGGCUGUGGAGACCUGGACUGAGAAGGAUCACAUUGACAUCACCAACAACCCUGUGCAGAUGCUCCAUGAGUUCUCCAAAUACCGGCAGCGUAUCAAGCAGCACGCUGACGCGGUGCACCUCAUCUCGCGUGUGACAUUCCACUAUAAGAGAAGCAGUCUGAGUUUCUUUGGAGGUGUCUGUUCUCGCACAAGAGGAGUUGGUGUGAAUGAGUAUGGUCUUCCAAUGGCAGUGGCACAAGUAUUAUCGCAGAGCCUGGCUCAAAACCUUGGAAUCCAAUGGGAACCUUCUAGCAGAAAGCCAAAAUGUGACUGCACAGAAUCCUGGGGUGGCUGCAUCAUGGAGGAAACAGGGGUAUCUCAUUCCCGAAAAUUUUCAAAAUGCAGCAUUUUGGAGUAUAGAGACUUUCUGCUGAGAGGGGGUGGAGCCUGUCUUUUCAACAGACCGACAAAGCUGUUUGAGCCCACAGAAUGUGGAAAUGGAUAUGUAGAGGCUGGGGAGGAAUGUGAUUGCGGUUUCCACGUGGAAUGCUAUGGAUUGUGCUGUAAGAAAUGCUCCCUCUCCAAUGGAGCCCACUGCAGCGAUGGGCCCUGCUGCAACAAUACCUCAUGUCUCUUUCAGCCACGUGGGUAUGAAUGCCGGGAUGCUGUGAAUGGGUGUGACAUUACUGAAUACUGCACCGGGGAUUCUGGCCAGUGCCCACCAAAUCUUCAUAAGCAAGAUGGAUAUGCAUGCAAUCAGAAUCAGGGUCGCUGCUACAAUGGCGAGUGCAAGACCAGGGACAACCAGUGCCAAUUCAUCUGGGGAACAAAGGCCACAGGGUCUGACAAGUUCUGUUAUGAAAAGCUGAAUACGGAAGGCACUGAGAAGGGCAACUGUGGGAAGGAUGGAGACCGAUGGAUCCAGUGCAGCAAACAUGACGUGUUCUGUGGAUUUUUACUCUGUGCCAAUCUCACUCGAGCUCCACGUAUUGGUCAGCUUCAGGGUGAGAUCAUACCAACUUCCUUCUACCAUCAAGGCCGGGUGAUUGAUUGCAGUGGUGCUCACGUAGUUUUAGAUGAUGACACAGAUGUGGGCUAUGUAGAAGAUGGAACACCAUGUGGCCCAUCUAUGAUGUGUUUAGAUCGGAAGUGCCUACAGAUUCAAGCCCUCAAUAUGAGCAGCUGUCCCCUUGAUUCCAAGGGUAAAGUCUGUUCAGGCCAUGGGGUGUGUAGUAAUGAAGCCACCUGCAUCUGUGAUUUCACCUGGGCAGGGACAGACUGCAGUAUCCGGGAUCCGGUUAGGAACCUUCCCUCUCCCAAGGAUGAAGGACCCAAGGAAAUGUCAAGAAGAGGAGGUUUGACCCUACUCAGCAAGGCCCCAUCUGAAUCAGCGGCACUGGAUGGACACCACCUUGCUCUCUUGAGUUCUGGGUACGACAUAUUUGCAACAGUGAUAUUGGAACGUGAAGUCUAUAAACAGCACUGGGUGGUACUGCCUACAGGACUGAAGUUGGGGUGACAGGGACAGGGUAAAAGAAAACUGUCGCCUUUGGAAAUAAUUUCAAAGAACCUCUCCCAUCACUUGUCAAUAAAGGGGGGUGCAAAAGACCAUGUUAUAAAAGGAACUGUUUCAGAAUCUUUUUUUUUUCUAACUAAAGGAGAAAGAAGCAAACAAAAUUAAGUGCAAUAAAAGAACCAUUUAAAAAAUAGCAAAUGAUUUUUUCCCUCAGCCUGCUGGCACUUAACUAUCUUCAAAAUGAUUUGGCAUGAUUUUUUUCUCUUACUUCCAAUGACAAACUCCAGUGGCAUGAAGAUCAAAUUUUCGAAAGGAUAAAAACAUGCAUGGCAUAUACACAACAACAAGCUAGCAAGCCAAUCCCCAGCAAAACCUGCAAUGGAAUUCCUAAGGUGAAGAAGACCAAUAAACACCCCAAAGCUGCCCGAGCCUCCUCAAUGCCUCCCCACUUCCAUGUCCCACCCUCUUAAUACCACCUCGAAUCCCCCACCCCUUGUAAUGCCUAUACCCCAUCCUAGACUCGACCCUGGCAGAACUCCACAGACCAUGCUCUUGUUGAUUGACUUUCCCCAUUGUUUUUUUUUUUUUUUUCUCCUGGACCAAGCAUCCUUUGGAAAUGGGAGCUGGAAUUUGAACAAUGAUGCUAUUGUAUAGUUUUUUUUUUUUAAAUGUACAUAUAGAAAUAAGAGAUUUUGACACAUCACUUUCACUUGUCUGUGUUGAAAUAUUUUUCUUGUAAAGAUUCUCUGUAAAUUUGAGUUUAUUGUUUGCUCCCCAUGUGUUUGGCUCCCUUUCUGUCUGUCUUUCCUUCUUUGUCUCUGUCCUUCUCUCUUUUAAUACGUUGCACAACGAUUGUUGGGCUUGCUUAAGAAAAAAGAUGUAGCCACAGACACAGGGAGUUUGGGCACAAAAUGGGCAAAUGAAAGUUGGUUUAUGCUUGAAACCAAAUAUAAACAAAAUUGGGGGGGGGAACACAAACUAAAAUAACCCAUAUGAAAAACAAAAAAUGAUGUAAAUGCAAAUGUAUGUACUGACAAGUCUAAAGAUUUUUGAUGUCAUUAUAAACACAUGUAUAUAAUGUAAGAAAGUAGACACCCUCUCAAAUUAAUCACAAAAGUGCCAAGCUCAUUAUUUUAGUUUUUUAUUUUGAUGAUUUUCUUUCCCUGUCUUUAAUGUGAAAGGAGGAUAAACUUCAAGCCUUAAAUAAAAAAUAAUAAUUUUUAAAUUUUGAAAGCUUGGAAAAAAAGUUAAGCUUUCCAUUUUAUUUGUGUCUAUUAUUGUCAAUAUUUCAUUCAUGCUUCAUCUUCCAGCCUCAAAAUCUAUAUAGUAGAAACCCAUUGCCAAGUGGAUGGGCAUGGAGGUGGCAAUGCCUUCAUUGCCAGCAUUGUCAUAUUAGGCUUUGAGUCUGUGUCUGGUGUUUUCAAGAAAGCUUGCCCGACCCAUAGCGUUUUGCUGACCCAUGGAAUGUUGCACUGGAUGAUAAUGGGAUUCUGCAAUAUACACAACCAUGUUCCAUCCAAAAGCAGAGUUGCAAAUGGAAUCUGGGGUUCCCAAGUCCCUCUGAGUUUCCUUCACUUUCUCCAGUUGCCAGGUAGCUUCUGUUCAAGUGUCAAGUAUACAAAUUAAAUAAGAAAUAUCGUCCUAGCUUUGUUUUUGUUAUCCAAAACUGUUCCCGUCAAUGUUUACUUCCUUCAAUGCACAUCUCUCCUGAGCCCAGCUUGCCUGAGGGCCUCAGAGAGCCCUUGCUUCCCUAACACCUUCAUGUUAGGUACAGGAUGCUCAGUGCUAUUGAUGUUUUCAUAGUGCUCAAUCAGUUGUUAGAUUUAGUUCUCAGACCCUUUUCAGCAAGAUUCAUGACAUCAGACUUACAGCUUUUUCUUUGACCUUGGAAAGGAUUAUCUCCCUAAAAAUGCACUGUCCAAAACAGUGGGGGUUCUUUCCCCCAAGGCAUCUUAAGUAUGGAAGUAUUGCAGUUGAAGAGCAGAAAACUUAAGUUCUAUAUGCUACAAUAGACCUGACAUCUUAAUCCUAUUAUUGCUUUCUGAGUAAUAGGUGCUACAUAAUCACGCAGUCUUUCUCUAGCACUAGCUCUGUUUAUGUUCUAAUAAUAGGGCUCUCUUCAUGCUUUAUCCACUUUAUUUCUGGCUUCAUGAGGCACAGAUUGUAUCCCUCUACCUAGUGGCAAUGGCUUUUUAAGGUCAGACGAAAGUUGGAGGAAACUCAGAUUACUUGGUAUCUCUUCUUUUUGCUGUAUUGCUUAGUGUCUCCCUGUUGCUGACUCCGACUCACUAGGAGAUACCAAGCUGCUGCCAGCUACACCAUACACAUUUCACUACCAUAAGCACCACGGUGACUUAAUAGACACAAAGCCAUGGUGGUUACAAAAUAUGUUAACUUUUGAGCAUUUCACAAACAACAUUGUAAAUGUGCGAUGUUAUGUUUUAAAUCAGACCACAGUGGUCCCCAAAUAUUAUGUACAUAUGGCAAAUGUCAGUGUAACUUUUCGUUACACUUGCAAUUUCAUAGGUAACCAAACCUAUGCUCCAAUGUUGAAUUAUUUGUGUGUAUAUGUAAAAUGCACAAGCUUUAAGCUUUGUGUAUGAAUAUGAAAGGGAAUGCAACCAUAUCAAUCAUCAACAAGGAGUUAUAAUUAUUUUUGAUGGUAUUAGGUUAUGUAGUUUCGAACUCUCCUGUUUUUUUCUUUGCACAUGCCAUUCAUUUGCUAAUUUCUGUGGUGUGAACAGUCCUUUUUAUUCAUUUGAGCUCAAAGCACAAGCAUAUCAUUUUAUGUGACCCAAUAAGAGUUAGUGUUAAGUGAUGACCAAGUUCCCAUUUCACCUGCCAUACUUUUGCUGCGUUAAGUAAUGACACCUGGAUGAGAAGACAUGCGCUAACUUCAUUGCUCACCUGGGAUAGUGCAUGAGCCCACUGAAUUAGAGCUACUCUUAUUAGAUAAAUGAGCAGUACACAUAGGUGCAUGUUAUCAAACAUGAAUCACAUAGAGCUGUGGAGUUUUACCAAGUGGUGUGUGUGGUUUUAGUUUUUUACUAUGCAAAGAUGGAAAAUGCACAAACUAAUGUCUGGAAAAUUUACAAACAAUACUUGAACCAUUUCUUUAAGAUCAUCUCAUCAUGUUUUAAAGUCAUUGUUGCUUCCAUUGUUAAUUUUCAUUUCUAAAUGGUUUGUAAUUUUUAAAGUGCAAAACCUGAAGUUUUGUUUGAAGUUAAUAAAUUCAUUCGUAUCUUGUUGGCUGCCUAUGAAUGGA